AUGCAGAAGCUACAGUCGGUUGGCCGGCCCGUGUCGUCCAGCGCGCUCAUGUCGCUUCUGGAAGUAUACGACUCGUCGGAAUGGCACGAAAUUGCCAGCCAGGAUCUACCGUCCUUACCUUCCAAGGCGAAGUCCACAGGCACCGUGGACAACGCCAAGCUGCUUCGCAGCGGCAAGGAAUUGUUGGCGGUGUUCGCUCGCGCAUAUUCGCGUCACGUCUGCGACACAGACACUGAGAAGGCCUGGAUGCGUGCCGUAGCCAAGGAUCCCUUCAUCCCUCCGGACAAGAAAAAUGCCGCGACCUUAUGCGACUCUCUGGAUGCCAUGGCAGUCCUCGCAAGCGAGAGCUGCGCGUUGAACUACAAGUUCUUCACAUCGCUGCUGAGCAUGUGCCAGAACAAGGCAGUCCGUGUGAUGCUGUGUUCGAUGGAGCGUAUGCACGCCCUGUUCAUGGAGGUGCUGCCCGGACGAAAACUGCGCUACAUCGACCAACAGGACGCUUCCAGGCAACGGUAUCUACAGCAUCACAUGUCAGCUUGGGAGAAAGGCGGCGCCGUAACGUGGGACAGCUUGGACUUGCUCGCUCGCGUGGUGUUGCAUGUGGUGUGUUUUGAGGAUUUCCUCAAGGGCGCUUACGCUGCCUUCAUCCAGGUGGUCACCGAUCAGCUGGAUGGCGGCCUGCCGUUCGUGCAGCGUAAGAUGCUUCAUUAUGUGUUCGAGAUGCUGGCCAAGAAGCCGGAGCAGGAGGCGCUGCUUCUGGACAUCCUUGUAGGCCGACUGUUUUCUAACGAUCUGAAACUAUCCGCUAUGGCUUCUGCGAAGUUGACUUCUCUCUUGGAGUGUCACGGUGCAAUGAAGGACAUCGUUGUGCGCCGUGUAGGCGCAACGCUGAUGGGCUCCAUUGGCAAGGUCCACACUACCUUCUCAUCGCACAAUGACGCUGCUGCCACCAAGAAAAAAAAGAAGCGUCGAUCGAAAGCACUGCCGAGCGAGUUGAUUCCCACCCUGCGGAGUAUCCAUCGCGGCGUUCUGUUCCUGACCGAGAUCCACUUCACCCGCAAAGACACGAAGGCCACAUCUGAGGCUCUCAAGUGCUACAUGUGCGUCCUGUCGUUCAUUUUCAAACCGUCCACCGGUGACAAGCGGUCACGACUGCUUCCAUCUUACGAGUACGAGGAGUUUUCGCGCAUCAUCCGUUGCAUCUCUAGCGGCCUAGAGCGCUGCAUCAGUUUGGUGCGUCAUCGCGAAGGAAGCUUCAACAUCUUUGACUACGGUUCUGGGGAGGGAGAGUCGUCGCGCGAGACGAUGGAAAAGAACAUCGCAUCACUCUUCCGCGCUGCGCGUAAACCCAUCUCCUGCUCCACUAACAUCGGACUACUUUCGUUGAUUGCCCAGAUACAACGUUCAGAGUGCGUUUAUUUUGCAUCUUACCGUUCAAUAUGUGCCAGGGAUCGAUUCUACAACCUGCUGUACGAGCGCAUACUUGACAUCCGCAUGUACGCCGCGGUAAACCGUCGUGCGCUGCUAACGUUGGCAGCUAACUGCAUGGCAAACGACAAUGAUAUGUGUCGAGUGGCGGCCUUUGUGAAGCGUCUACUUCAGGUUGUGUCGUCUAUCGUGGGUGCUGGAGUCUGUACCGUCAUUUCCCGCAUCUGCCGUGGCGCAAUAUGCGCCAAUGUUCCGCUUCAUGCGAUGAUAAAGUCUACGGGUGAGGAGUGCUACAAACCGAAGAGUGCCGACCCCAGCGAGAGUGAGGCGGACAAAUCGCAUUUGUGGGAGCGCCAUCUUAAUGGACUGUCGUACCACCCCUCGGUGGCUGCCGAGAGCCGGGACAUGCUCAAGGAACUUCCAGACGGAGUUGUUGAUUUCGAGGCGCCUAGCCUUUUCGAGGAGCUAGGGGCAGUAUCCGGCCAGCUGAGCAGCGGCGACUUCCUAUACACACAGCGAUCUUACUGGACCGCCAACCGCAAGGCAUUGCCACACCAGGAGGUUUUCAAGCAGUUUUUCCUGCACCGUGCGUCGUGCGAUGUCUCUAAGGUGAAACGCAGGGACAGGAGGUCCGAUGAAGUGGACGAUAUUGACGUGAGCGACGAAGAGGAAGAGUUGCGUGAUAUCGAUGGUAUGAGCGAUGAGUCUGGGUUGGGUGAUGAGCGCAUGCUGGAUGAUGUAUCGGACGCUGAGGAGUUUGACGAGAUCUCUGAUUCCGAUGACGAGUUGGAUGAAGUCUCAGAUUCAGAUGAGGAAUUAGACGAAGUAUAUGACUCCGAUGAAGAGUUAGAUGAAGUGUCCGACUCCGACGAAGAUAUGGAUGACGUGCCUGAUUCUGAUGACGCCACCGAUUCUGAAGAAGAAAUGGAUGAAGUAUCAGAUUCCGACGACGACGAUGAUGAUGAGGAUAGCGCGUCUUCGGAUAAAUCUGAGCAUGAGGUUGUCCCUACCAGCAAACUGAAGUCCCCCAAGGCAAAGGAGCGCAAAACCAAGUCGCAGCCAUCAGAGGCGGAAGGUGUAGCCAAACGUGAACCCAAGGCCACAAAGGAGCGACCUUCCAAGGUUAAGGCUUCGGAAGAGAAGACGCCUAAAAAGCCGACGCCGAAAUUAGAGGCGCCAAAGAGCGUGAAACCCAAGGUCCCGGAAGUGAAAGGCGCUGUUGCCAAGCCCGGCAAAGUAGAUGCAAAAAUGGGCAAGGCACCCAAACCGGAAGAUCACAGUGCAGAAAAACAGAAGAAGAAGGAAGCCAGAGUGACAUUUGCGGAUGAUGUGAUCGAUAAUAGUAGCAAGCAGUCUCUGGCCAAACGUGUCGGCUUAACUGCAGCUGUGCCAUCUGGCAAGAAGCAGGGCAAAUCCGUUGCAGAAAAAGCUACUAAGGAGAAACCGUCCACUAAGGAACUAAAUGCAGCAAAGAACAAGAAAAGGAAGGAAUCGUCAUCAGCUGUAGCCUCCAAGGCCAAGCCGUCUCGCGGAAGCGGUGCAUCUACGGAGCCUAUCCCUGUUGUAGUGGAAAGCAACAGGCAGAAACGCAAGCGUGAGGCUCGUGAACGGGAGGAAGCGCAUCCGGGUUUGUUUUGUUUUUUAUACGUGCAAAUGUAUUUAGACUACGAGAAGCGUAAGAAGGUAUCCCUGUUGCUGCAGAAGGCCACUAAAGGGAGUUUCGCGGACGUUUCAGGUUAG